AUGGGCAAAUCAGCACCCGCGCCCGAGUCUUCCAACUCGCUAACCAUCACAGGCAAGUCAUCGAGACGAAGCAGCCGCUGUACCUGAUUGUAGACGAGGACCGCGCCGUGGUCGUUGUGGGGGCGAACUCGUCCGAGCCAUGAGGAGGGGCGACGAUGGGGAAUCGAAGCUGAUUAUUACUACUCUCACCCGUAUUACUGACACUGAACAGACAACCGAACGGGCAAGACGAUCCAUGUUCCCAUCCAAGUCAGUGCUCCACAGCUCCCUAGUGUUCAUCCCGUUCGCCUCCGGGACCCUUCAACUCGCGAGCGCUCAACCUGAAUCUCCCCGUCCCCGUAAUCGACCCCUUUCCUUCACUGUAGCACAACGCCAUCCCCGCCACCGCGUUCAAACAACUAUCCAAGAAGGAGUUGAGCAACGGAGAACGCGAAGAGGACGAGAUCGAGAAUGGUAUCCGAGUCUAUGACCCAGGUCAGUUUCUGGAUCGACUCGGCUUCGGCGCUUGGGCUUUGGGGGGCACGACCUUUGGACCGCGGCCGGCGCGUGAUUUCACAAGCGCCCACCCGGAAUAACUACAGUCCGCGCCGGCGCGAUCUAUCCGGAAUUUACGGCGCGGCAUCAUCGAGUGCGAUAUGCUGACGGGGAGCGCUCUCUCAAAUGAACUACAGGAUUCAUGAACACGGCCGUCAUUGAAUCGACCAUCACUUUCAUCGAUGGAGAAAAGGUGCGUAUUGAACUUGGGCAUGACGACGGCACCUCCGGACCGAGCGACUGCCAAGAGGGGAUUCGGGCACUUCUUGAUUCGCGAGGGCCGCGGCUGACCGAGACCCAUCCCCCCAACUCCGAACCGUCCCGCUUGGGCUCGCAGGGCAUCUUGCGCUACCGUGGGUACCCGAUCGAGCAACUGGCCGAGAAGUCAAACUACCUGGAAUGCUCUUACUUGCUCAUGUACGUUCACAUCAGUAUCAACUUGCUCUCGCCCGUUGAAACUGACGCUCGAACCCCUUUCCUCGUUUGAAGCUACGGAGAAUUGCCGAGCAAACGUCAGUUCAAAAUCUUCGAGUCCGAGAUUCUGGGGCAUACUUACACCCACCGAGAUCUGGAUCAGAUGUAAGAACCUUUUCGCCACCGACAUCACGCGUGCAGCGUGCAGGAUCCUGACCCCCCAAUCUCCUUUCCGCAGUAUUUCCGCCUUCCGCUACGAUGCCCACCCCAUGAGCAUCCUCAUCAGUGGAAUCGCUUCCCUCGGUGCCUUUGCCCCCGAAGCGAACCCUAGUCUGGCUGGACAAAAGCUCUACACCUCGGGUACGAUGUCGUCAUUGAGGACGAUGGAUAAGCAGAUCUUCCGUUUGCUCGGCAAGGCGCCAACGUUGGCGGCGAUGGCUUACAGGAUGCGUCAGGGUGGGUGAGGACGCUGAUCCACCAAGGGCCUCUACAACUUGAACAUUGACCCUUGAACAUGUCUCCCACCUACAGGCCGACCCUUCAAUCAACCUCCCGCUGGACUGGGCUACACCGAAACGUUCUUGUACUUGCUCGACCACCUCAACGAGCGCGAGUUCCGCCCUCACCCCGUCUUGGCCAAGGCACUCGACACCUUGUUCCUCUUGCAUGCCGAUCAUGAACUUAAUGCGAGUGCGGCGACGACGUUGCAGGUCGGAAGUACGCUUGUUGAUCGUACGUCAUCGCCUUGAACGACUCGAGUCCGCACGCAAAGAAAGCUGAUGCUAAUUCGUCUGCCAACGUACAGCCUACUCCGCGGUCGCUUCCGGUUGCGCGGCUCUUUACGGCCCCUUGCACGGCGGAGCAAACGAAGCCGUCAUCCGUAUGCUCAUGGCGAUCGGUACGCCGGACAAGGUCAAGCCUUACCUCGAAAAAGUCAAGAGAAAGGAAGUCGUUCUCUCCGGCUUCGGCCACCGCAUUUACCGCACCUCGGAUCCUCGCUCGCUCAUCAUCCGCAAAACGGCCGAACAAGUCUUUGCCGUCACGGGCAAGAACAAGUUGCUGGAGACGGCGAUCGCGUUGCACGAUGCGGCGAUCAAGGACGAGUACUUCGUCAAAAGGAGGUUGUACCCCAACGUCGAUUUCUGGUCGGGAUUGAUUUAUCAGGCCAUGGGGUUCCCGAUGGACUAUUUCCCCAUCUUGUUUGCCGUACCGAGGAUUGGUGAGUGAUCGCUUCUGCUCCCAUUUUAAACCGUACCCGAUACAAUCUCAUCGAACCCCUCCCUGAUCCCUAUUUUCUCUCAAUCAUAGCCGGUUGGUUAGCCCACUGGCGCCAAAUGAUGCUCCAAGCCGGUGGCGUCAAGAUCUGGCGACCGCGUCAAGUCUACCUUGGCGAAGGCUCACGCCCUUACGUCCCCAUGUUGGAACGAAAAGAGGUCAAACCCAAACAUGCGAGUGGGGAACCGACUGAGGUCGAGCACAUUUUCUCAAAGAGGAAUUUGUUGUCGAGGGAGAAGCUUUAG